UCCUCUCAUGCACAAUUACUGUUGUGGCCACCUCACUGUUUGCAACCUGCUUUUCACCUGACUAGAUUCAGUGAACUACAUAGACUUAGUCUGAUGGAGAAUGGAAGGAGAGAUCUUAAAAUAAAGGAGCUCAUCCUGUUGAGGAGACAGCUGGGCUGCUGUGGGCAGCUGAGCUGCCACUUGAAGGAGCAGCAAAGCUUUUUGUGAAGGUAAAAGAUAAGCAAAAGGAAACCUCAGUUUCGUUUGUUUAAAAGCACUGCUGAGCCAAAACACAUAUCACUUUGAAAUGCACGAGGGGGAUACAGAAAAGUACCAGUAGAAACUGAAGACCAUCUGUGCCUGCCUACUGUACUUCAUUUACUAGACUCCAGCCGGAGUAUAUAAACCAAAAGAGAGGAAAAACAAGGUCCUUUACAAGGAGAGAUUCUGCAGAAGGCCCAUAGAAAACAUGGAGUCAAAAGCCAAGGUGAAAAGAGUCUUCAAAAUGAAGCAAAGCAAAAAUGCAGAUGGCUGCCUCAGAAUUGGCAUAUUCUCCAAUGGAUUUUGCCCCAUGAAUGGUGCCAAGCUGCCUGUAGUUCCAGUCAUUGAUAGAGAUGAUGAAUAUGGUACCAGGAAAGCAAAAGAUGCAAGUUUUGAGAAAGCGAUAUUGGUGACACCUGCAAACAAUUCAGAGCUCUGUGUGAUCCAGCCCAUGAGAAGCCUUACAGUGGAUGAAUAUGCAAAAGCCUUUAAGUCAUUCUUAGACCAUUCAACUGAGCACCAAUGCAUGGACCAAUUCAAUAAGAAGGAACUGCCAGGUAUAAUAACCAGCCUUGGAAAUGGAAAAUCUGCUAUCAAUGUGCUAGGUGUGGGAAGUGGAACAGGUGAACAGGACUUGAAAAUGAUUAGGAUCAUUCAGGCUAUGCAUCCAGGAACCUUUAUUAAAAAUGAAGUCAUAGAGCCCAACCCACAACACAUUUUGUCAUAUAAAGAUGCUGUGAGGAAUUCUUUUGAUCUUAAGAAUGUCUCAUUCACCUGGCACCAGCUGACAUCCAUGGAAUAUGAAAAGCAGGCAAAAGAGCAAAAAAUUCAAAAGAAAUAUGACUUCAUACACCUGAUCCAGAUGCUGUACCGUGUGGAGGAUACUGCAAGCACUAUCAGAUUUUUUCACAGCUGCCUAGACUGCUAUGCUAAGCUUCUGAUUAUAAUUUUAUCAGGUAACAGUGGGUGGGCCUCUAUAUGGAAAAAAUAUAGACACUGUCUUCCCCCGACUGAUAGUGGCCACUACAUCACAGCUGAUGACAUAGAAGUUGUCUUGAAAAGAAUGGAACUAACAUACCAGGUGUAUGAUUUCCCUUCUGCUUGGGACAUCACUGAAUGCUUUAUUGAUGGAGAUACUACUGGAGGACAUACACUGGACUUUCUGACAGGAACGAAAGACUUUAUGAAUACUGCACCCCAGGAUCUGAAGCAGAGUCUUCUACAGGCUUUGCGCCAGCCAGAGUGCAGCACCAAGAAGGAUGGAAGGAUUAUCUUCAGAAAUGAUUUGAGCAUGAUUGUGGUCCAUUCCUAAUACUGGUUGAAAUGGUAGAUGUUAUUUUAGUUUGUGUUGAGCUAGGUACUGAGCAAGCAAAUUCACAGUGUCAAUUUUCUGUUGUGGAGAGAACCUGUUCAGUGCUGGAGAAGAAAGGGGGUGUAUUAGAGGUUGAACACAAAGCUCAUAAAUAUUAAAGAUUGGAAGCAAAUUUGUUAGCGGAUCUUUUCAGAUUAAAAAGGUACAUACCUUGUUUACCACAAUAGGAGAUUAACAUUGGUUUUUACCAAUAUACACUGCCUCCGAGGCACAGGAAAGAGUCACAACACAGACCCUGGCAAUUUGCUUUGAGGAUAUCUAUGAAGUUAAGGAAUCAUCAAUAUGUGCAGAUAGUAAUCCUAUGUAAGGAGAGAGAGCAAGCUUUAAGUUAUGUUAAAAUAGCAGAAAAAAGGUAUGGGGGACUAAUAUUUAAUGGGCUGUAUAUAUAUAUAAGAAACUUGGAUAGUCUAAUUGUGUGUACAUUACAUGAUCUCUGGGUACUUAAUCCAGCAAAUAUUUUGUUCUAUAGCACAUUUCUCUCUUUAAAGAUGCCAUACUACACCAGGCUAUGGGUUCUGGAUAAGAGGAGCUCCUUAGGAUCGCUGGUUAGAGACGGUGAAGGCUAAUAUACCUUUAAGAUUUGGGUGUUUUUCAGCAUGUUUGUAUUUCCAUCAGCCCCAAUGUAAUAUGGCAUACCUGCCACUUUCAUUUUUGUAUUUUCAUACUGUGUUCUUCCUUUUAAAAAAAGUAAAUUGUUUCACAAAAAGAGUUAAUGAGUUAUUCUGUCGUCAGACA